AUGGCAAGGACACCUAGUGCCGCGUCCUCGCGAAAGGAUGCAGCAGCCCUCUUGGGUCUCCACGUGUUUCAGCUCAGCUUUGUUGGGAAUAAUUCGAAGCCUGUGAUUUUGGGUUCUCUAGCGCACUCCCAAUUUGAGGUUCCAAGAAUAUCUUUUGAAAAGGAAUUGGGUACGAAGAUGGGGUCUCCAAAAAUGAACUUUGUCAUCGUCAUCGCUGCUUUCUUGUGUUUCGCAAGUUUAAUUGUCGAAGGACAACAAACAGAUACGAAAUGCUCUGAAUCUCGCGUUCGACGUUCUUGGGAUACAUACAAUAUGACAGAGAAGGCUCAAUACUUGGAAGCGGUAAGUGUUGCAAUGGAUCUAGGAUAUCAUCAAAAGUUUGUUCAAAUUCAUGUCGACUUCAUGUCGGAAAAGCAAGCACAUCAAAAUUAUUCCAAGUAUAAUUGUUUAACACUUCCGUAUUGGGACCAUCUCUCAGCGUACGCUCGUCAAGCUUCUGGACAAUGUAAUUCGCUUUUAAGCUGCACACCAUUCCUAACCGAUUCAGGGGGUGCCAUGACGGGUGUCACAACGCGUUUAAUCAUCUACAAUGUAUCGAUUGCUGCCUCUUCUUCGACUUGUGUCAAUCAAGGGAUUCUCUCACAUUUCUGUGGCAAUAACUCCGUUUGUGCCAAGUGUAUCACUCGAGGAAGCAAGACAUUCCUUAACAAUGCACGCUACCCAGGAGAGGCAUCACUGGGAUCAGUCGUUCAACAAGUUUUUACGUAUAGUGAUUCAGCGAAGUUUACACAAGCCGUUGAAGGUGGUAUCCACAACACACUUCAUAGCGCUCUCAAUGGUGUCAUGGCGUUUUAUCAAUCUCCAGCUGACCCGAUCUUUUAUCUUCACCAUGGUCUCAUCGACUUGCUACAAGUCAUCUAUUUAAAGUGUCAAGUUGGUGGUUCAAAUGUUGUACUCUCGUCAAACGACAAAAGCAGCGAUUCUCGAUGGCUUAAAGCAUGUGCCAAAAGGACGUCUGGGUAUUACACAAAUGAUGAAAACGUGACAAUGCGUGUAAAUGGAAGUGAUGGCACGACACUUGUUAACGUAUGGCAAGAUCCAAACAAUAUUCUCUACCCCUAUACUUACGCAAUCAGUGGGGGAUUAGCAAACAUGUAUCAAAACUGCAUUAAUGCUACUGCAUUGUCGGCAGUGAAUGGAACUAUCACGACACUAUUAGCAAGUCGAAACAAAGUGUUCUCGAAACAUCCACGCCCAAUCAUUGAACAAGGAACAAAUGAUGACGAAAAGAUGAAGCGUUGGAAUAUUGCGCUUUACGAAGCAGCUCGAAUAGUUGGCUACGACGAAAAAGCAGCACGUGAACAGACGGAAAUGGUCAUGUGCCGGUAUCAAGCGGACUGUCUAGGAACAAAGGCUUCAAAUAGUGCUGGCUUCCAUGGUUAA